GCCGCGGGCGGUCCCGCCUUUGACCAUCUGCUCGCUGGCUGCGAUCUUGAGCUCGUCGUCAACAGCAUCGUCGGCGCUGUCUGCUUGCUAUGAAUGAACCUGAUGGUCCCCACGGUGCUGGUGGACAGGAACGGCCAGACAGGUCCCUCGGACUCUGUACGCGCUCAAGAUACUCCGCUCCGUGAUGCACCCGCACGUCCCGCCGACCGCCAUCAAAACGACGACGAAAUGCUCCACCGCGACGCUCGCGCAUUCGCGCACUGACGCGUCGGCGCCCUUGACGCGACGAUGCGUGCUGUCCCUGGCCCUUGGGGUCGUUGCGCCGACGUCACCACGUUGGGCGGACGGCCACGCAUUUUCACCAGUUCCAAGCUGGGCCCAUCUCAAAGGAUGUGGUCCCUAUGCAUUGAGGGCUGGUCCUCUUCGCGAGUCCACUUCGUCCUUGCAUCAGGCGCACGGCAACUCACCAACAUUGGCAGAAUACCUAUUACCAACGGUGCGUCUAGUUGAAUGUCCAUGUCGGGGACAGCGAUACAUAGGCAUGCACGCAUUUACCACUAUCCUACAUCAA